AUGUGGACUCUCCAUCUCGACCCCGCCGAGCGAUGGACCGAACAACAAGAAACCAGAAAUCCCCCACCGCUUGUUCCAUUCACCGCCGGUGCCCCCUCCCUCCCCCGACGGCCUUCAUCUGCUACCGUGCCGACGGAUGCCGCGGAUCCAUUGGGGAGGCAGCGGUCAGUGGCACGUGGUGGCUUCCCCGUCCUCCCUCCAACGUCAUCCUCAUCCUCCCCUCCGUCGUCGCGGAUCCAUCGAGGAGGCAGCGGAUGGUGAUGCGUGGUGGCUUCCCUGUCCUCCUUCCGUUUGUUCUUCAGUCAUUUAUUGAUUAAUUGUUCUUCAGUCAUUUAUUUAAUUCCAUUUGUCUGAUUAGCCAUCUGAAUUUUGGUAGGUGUUGGUGACUCUCGUAGAUUGAAAUAUUUUUCAUUGUUAUGGAUCUAUUGGCCACAUUAGCCAGAGUGUGUAGGUUUGUAGAUCCUAUCGAUUUUAGGUUGCGUCAGGUGUGCUGAAACCAAAUCCUUGAAUGUCAGAUCCCUUGUUUAGUAAAUUCCUAUGUUUAUACUACAAAAUAUCGUAACUAUUGUAUGCACUAAAUCAGUAUACAUUAAUCUUAUGAUAAUAAGCAUUGCUGCCUUAUGCUAAUUAUCAUGAUUUAUUACAGACAUUUGAAGCAGUCAUGUGUUUGUCUAUGCUUCAGACAUCAUUACUUCAUUAGUAUCCAUAGUUGUUUACUACAUCUUGAUUUUCUUAGUAACUAAUCACUCUGUCAUUGUGUAUUUUCUACUACUCACCGUAUGGGCAGAUUGUAAUUUCUGUUUUAUUAUUCUCCAGAUUUAUUGGUCGCUUGAGCAUCCAUCAUAAAUAGAACUAAAGAGGUAUCUGUCAGGUGUCUGAGAUGGACUAGUGCUUGAUAGUCUUCAUGCAAUGGCAUGUAAUUGUUGCCUUUUCCUCUUUUUUUAUAUAGAGCAACUUACUAGUAAAAUUGGUCCUAUGCUUGAACUGCUAAUGACCCAUACAUAAGGAAUGCAUAGUUCAUUAAAAAGUUAUGGUUAGAAUUCUCGUAAAUAUUAUUAGUAAAAAUUCUUGUAAAUAUUGUUAGUAUUGUCGUAAACACAAUUCUCAUAAAUACUUCAAUAUAUUCAUUGUACAGAAUAUAGAACAAAUUAUAUAGAAACCGAUUUCAUUUUAUGGUAACUGUGUUUCGUUAACCAAAUUAGUAUCAAAAUUUAUUAUCAUAAAUUACAUAGAUCAAUCUUCCAAAAACAAUGUUUCCUUAUGGUAACUUUCUCUGGUUAACCAAAUUGUUGAGUGAAAGAUCACCAGCUCGCUACUACAGUAAAUACUUCUAUUCAUAGGCCAAAAUUAUUGUAAACCUUGUUCAAAUUAAAAGAUGCAAAAGGCGAACCAUGAUUUACCUAAAUGUGGUGCAAAACAAUUGAUGGUUUUUGGCAUCGAUAUUCACCUGAAAGUUGCUGACAUGACAAUUGGAAUGUUGCUUUUCUUUCUCAGUCAUGCUCUAUUUGGAACCUGUAUUCCACAAACCUUUCAAUAUACCAUAUGAAAAUCAGGGUUGUCUUGUAUUUUUUCGUAUAAAUUAUGUCUUUAUGUAUGUGUUUGUCUUUGUUAGAUUGCUGAUCUAUUCUGGUAAAUAAGUGUUGUAACUAUACUGUGGGAAAUAAGUGUCGAACAUUAUAGUAACUAAACUAGUUAUUUGAAGUUGUCGUAUCUACUCAAUGAUGGUCUUAGUGGGCCUUUGAGCAAUGUAAAACCAAAUAUGUUCAUGAUAUCAAAAUUAGUAACCUAUGUUAAUGCUAGUUAAUUGAACCAUCUCAGUGAUUUGGCUCCAAAAUUACAUCACCACCGUCAGUGAUUCGACUGCUUCAUCCCACGAAUGCCUGAUUGAUCUAGAUACGGAGGAAGAUGCCCUAACCGCAGUCCCCAUCCAUGACCACCUGAUUACUGCAGUCCACUGGAGAAGCCCCAAUCCUCCAUCAGGAGCAGCUCCUCUGAAAUCCUCCACCAGUCAUUUACGUGGUUAUCGUAAAUUGUGUUUCUCAUAAAUCAAUGUGAGAAAGACAUCUGACCCCCUUUAGGCAAUGUCUGCUUGACUUCAUUAUAUUUGAGGACGGCCAAUAGGUGUUCUGCAUCAACUGCAAUUGGAUUAACCGACCAAAUUAGGGGAGGGCAAGGGGAUUACCUCGGGGAUUUGUCAUCAGCCCAGAUCCAGGCGCCCCACUGCGUCAGGAGAGAGUUAGGGUUCGUGGGGGCGGAGAGGAGAGGAGAGAGAGCUCGUGGUGGGGAGGAAUUUUGGAGAUGGACAACCAGGAAGAGAGGGGCCGCAUGACUUAACUGGCCAAACCACGGCGCAUAGUUGACUAACGCCGAUGUCUGGGCAUCAACAUGAACUAUUCCCAUGCCUAGACCAGCAGGACCUAGUGCCACGGUUAAUUCAACGGUCGCAAUCAACGGUGAUGUGGCCUAACCUCGACGUCAACUGACACAAUGUCGUGUCCCAUAUCUUGGCGUCAUCUGUUGUGAAAGGAUGUCUCCUCUGAAGAGACACCUCUUCAUUAUCUAAUCGGUGAUCUCAUCUGGUGAUAGGAUUAGCCUAACAGUUAGCAUGCCAUCCGAAGGGGCAUGUCCUUUGGCCAAGAGCAGUUGCUCUUCCUGUACUCAAACACCAAGGAGUCACGUUCGUACGACUACGAAGAGACGUCCGUACGACGUGAUCUCUCACUGUAUAUAAUCUAACAAGAUCAAUGAAAGCAGCAGUUGUUCCCAAAAUUACUGUUCAUUUACAUUACACUUAACACGUUAUCAGCACUUUUGCUCUACGGAAGGAGAACGACGAACAGAGGCAAUCCAUGCCUCUGUACCGACCACCGGUAAGCCCUAUGGCGCGAAUCAAUGUCGAUUUACCUUCACACAUUGCUCGUGGAUUGUUCUUCGCUCUCCGUCGCGUUGGUGGAGUCCGUCGUGGCCCGAUCCGUCACCACGGCCACCAUGGACAGCGCCGCAGUGUUUUCGAGCGCCUUGGGCCUCGUCUCCGCCGCACUGCUGCCCAUGGCCAUGGCCAUGGUCCAUACGGCCGCAUCUUCGACUCGGCUGUUCGUGACGUCCGUGCAGAUGUUCGCCGUCGCCGUUGGUCCCCGAUUUGUCGUGGCCGCCUCGCUUCGCCGCAAGAUCGACCUCUGCAGAACCAGCCACCGUCUCCUCGCCUUGGCGCGGACGGUGCCGGCCCCAGCAACACGGCGCCGCCCGCUGUUGAAGUCGCGGCGCCACCAAUCGUCGAAGCCCCGAUGCCGCUUGCUGAAGCCGUGGAGAUGAUGCCCGCCGCUGCUCCAACUCCAUCCUACAUGCCGAUGGAGCCCAUGUCGCCAGUACCGGCACCGUCGCGCUACUGGUGCGACUUCUGCAAGGAGUACACGUCGAUCCCGCACACGCUGAUGCCGACGCCCACUCCUCCGACUCCAAUGGCGCCAGGCAAUGGCGUUCCCCCACUGGAUCCGUGGUUCCUGAACACACAGGCUGCCCCUGCGCUCGAUGCAGUGAAGGUCGAGGACGAGGUCGAUGUGGUGGCUGCGCCCGGCGUCGGCAACCUCUUCAAUCUCGGCGACAUCUUCAACACCGCUGCGAGGACCGGCAUCUCGCCGUACUUCUUCCUCGACAGGGCCGGGCCCUCGGCUCCUCCUCCACCAGCGACACGCGCGGAGGCUGCGGCACGCAUGGCUGCGCAGGCCCUCCCGGCGGCGCCCCCAACUCCGACCGAAGGCACAACCACAACAACUCCGUCGAUCCGGCGCCUUCUGGGUCGUAGCGUGGCUGCAGUGGACCGGCGCCCUGGGAUCCACAGAGGAUCGCGGAACCCGGCGACGCACGGCCUCCCGUCUGCGGCGACCCUCAACGAGUUGGUGAACGGCAGCGGCUUCUACUCCCCUGAUGAGGGGGAGUCUUCCUCGAACUGA